ACGUCUUACGGUCUUUUCCACAAAUAAAUAGUCGUCAAAAAGAAUAUACAGAGGGAGAGUGAACUGUGGAGAUGGCAGAUCCAGCUGUCAUCGGAAGCAGCUCCUUAAACUCCGGAACGCGCUCAGGUGGGAGUAAAACAACGUCGAGUCCAGCAGAGAACUAUUUCUCAGCGCGGCGUCGCACUCUUCAGGUUGUUGUGAGUUCACUAUUAACAGAAUGCGGCUAUGACAGUGCGGAGAAAGCUGCAGUGGAAACACUGACGGAAAUGAUGCAGUCAUAUGUAACUGAAGUAGGAAGAAGUGCAAAGGCGUACUGUGAACACACAGCAAGAAGUAUCCCCACUCUAUCUGAUGUGGUGGUUACAUUGGUUGAAAUGGGUUUUAAUGUUGACAGUCUACCUGUAUAUGCCAAACGAUCACAGAGGAUGGUCAUAACUGCACCUCCAGUGACGAAUGCCCCAGUAAUACCCAAGGCGCUUGCAGCUGGACUGAAACGCACUCACCCUGCGCACAUCCCCAGUCACUUCCCAGAAUUUCCAGAUCCUCACACAUACAUCAAAACUCCGACGUUUCGUGAACCGGUGUCAGAUUACCAGGUAAUCCGAGAGAAGGCUGCGUCCCAGCGGAGAGAUGUGGAACGCGCUCUAACACGCUUCAUGGCCAAGACAGGCGAGACACAAAGCCUCUUUAAAGACGACCUCACUGCUUUCCCCUUGAUCGCGGCCAGGCCCAGUUCCAUCCCAUACCUGAGCGCUCUGCUCCCCUCAGAGCUGGAGCUACAGAUGCUGGAGGAGACAGACUCCUCAGAGCAGGAUGAACAGACUGACAGUGACUGUCCCAACGCUGGCAACAACACCGACGAUCCAGGAGCGGAUAAGGAGAACUCGGUGCUGCCACCUGGUGGUGUAGUCCCAGCAUGCAAAGCUAAUGAGGAAAAUAUGAUUGAUAACCCUUACUUACGACCGGUGAAGAAACCGAAAGUGCGACGGAAGAAAUGAGCACAGUUCUCUCUCUCUCUCUCUCUCAC